AUGGGGCCCCCUACUGACCCCGGGCCCUCGGACAGUGCCCAAGUUUCAAAAUGGUCUGUCCGCCCCUGGGCUCCUUAUACACAAAGUUGAUUUACAUUCUCCCUUUCAUUUCUAUAGCCAGUCACAAAACUGGGCUCCUGAACAGGAAGUGGGACAUGUACACUGAUCAUCCAGGCACUGAUGAUCAGUGUGCCCUGAUGAUCAGUGUAGCCCCAGCAAUGCCACCUGUCAGUGUCCAUCAAUGCCAGCUGUCAGUGCUCAUCAGUGCCACCUACCAGUGCCCAUCAGUGCCACAUCAAUGCCACACAUUAGUGCCUAAUAGUGCACAUCAUUGUCACAUAUCAGUGCUCAUCUGAGCUGCCUUUCAGUGCCACCUAUCAAUGCCAGUCAGUGCCACCUAUCAGUGCUGCCAAUCAGUGCCAGUCAGUGCCGCCUAUCAGUGCCCGUCAGUGCUGCCUAUCAGUGCCACCUAACAGUGCCACCUAUCAGUGCCAGUCAGUACUGCCUAUCAGUGCCAGUCAGUGCCGCCUAUCAGUGCCAGUCAGUGCCUCCUAUCAGUGCCACCUAUCAGUGCCCGUCAGUGCUGCCUAUCAGUGCCGCCUAUCAGUGCCAGUCAGUGCCGCCUAUCAGUGCCAGUCAGUG